AUGUACGGCGAACCCGAGGACGACGACCUCGCCGCUGAAGAGCAGGCGUCAUCUCUCAGGGCGUUCGAGAAGCAUUACCAAUCGGAGAACACGUGGGAGGACCUGGUCGAGGAUGAGAGCGGCAUGUUGAGGGUGACCACGGGCGACAAGGGCUACAGGGAAAAGCGCCGGAAGAUCGCGCUCGCGGCUUCGAACUCGCACGUAUGCAAGGGGAUGAUACGGUUCGUGUACGUCGUCCUCGACCUAUCUCAAGCCGUCAACGAGGAAGACAUGAGACCUUCGCGACUCGCGGUCAUAUCGUCGCUGAUGUACAAGUUUUUCCGCGAGUUUUUCAACCAGAACCCGCUCAGCCAGCUCGGCCUCGUCGUGACGCGCAACGGAAUCGCCGAACGCGUCACGGAGCUGAGUGGGAAUCCAGAGACUCACAUCGCGGCUUUGAAGGAAAACCUAGACGCCGCGGGUGACAUGUCGAUUCAAAAUUCCCUCGAACAAGUUCACGCUUCGCUCGUGCAGUUGCCGAUGUACGGUUCGAGGGAAGUCUUGUUCGUCGUCUCUGCGCUUUCGACGUGCGAUCCAGGGAACGUGCACACCGCAAUAGCUGCUGCUAAAAACGCAAAGAUACGCGUGAGUGUCGUCUCCGUCGCUGCGGAGAUGCAUGUGUGCCGUCGAAUGACGGAAGAGACGGGUGGGAUUUUCGGCGUCGCGCAGUCCCAACACCACCUCGAGGAGCUUUUGAUGGCGCACGCGCCGCCUCCACCUUUGAACGAAGAAUCCACAAAGCCGAGUCUUGUGGAGAUGGGAUUCCCUCAAAAGCGACCACUGGACAAAGACGCUUUCUUUUCAGGUAGAGGGGGAGACUACGUGUGUCCGAGGUGUAAAUCAAGAGUCGAGGAAUUACCAUCGCAGUGCACAGUCUGCAAAUUGACCCUAGUUUCAUCGGCACAUCUCGCACGCUCAUAUCACCAUUUAUUCCCGGUUCCUCCUUUCACGGAAGGAUUCGGCCUCGACGAUGAAGGUAAAAGGCACACGUCGUGCUUCGCUUGCUACGUCGAUUUUGAGGAAGGAAACGAGUCCACGAGCAACGAAAACGCGCCGUCAGUGUGCCCGAAAUGUAAGAAGACGUUCUGCUUCGUGUGCGACGUGUACAUACACGAAAAAUUGCACAACUGUCCCGGUUGCGAGCUCGUAAAGUUUCUAGCGGAGGAAGGGCAGUGA